AAUCUCGCGUUCUCUCGUAGUGGUGCGAGAGUAUCCAAAGUUUGAUGUGUGUUGUGGUGUAAGUGUAUGCUUGUGUGUUUGUUUAUAUAAAGUUUCAGAAUGAGCUGUUUUAUUCAAGUUUCAGAGGAUGAAAGUGAAGAACCCAUUGAACUUCCGUGUGAAGACGAUGGCACACUGUUAUUGACAACGCUGUCCGCUCAGUUCCCGGCCACAUGCGGACUCAAAUAUCGAAACCCAGAGUCUGGAACGAUGCGUGGAGUGCGUUUGGUCGACGGCCGAUUUCACCCGCCAGACAACGGAUGGGGCAAUGUUGUGUAUUACUGUGUUUUCCCCAAAGAUGCGUGCCUGCACAACUCUGAGAACAAGCGCAAGAGCGACGAGCAGCUGGAGAACAGCACAGCCAAAACCAAGCGGCUGGAGAACCGGCAGAAAUGCUCCGAUCUGAUAGUGCUGGGCCUACCCUGGAAGACCUCGGAGCAGGACCUGCGCCAGUACUUCGAGACCUUUGGGGAGGUCCUCAUGGCACAGGUGAAGAAGGACCCCAAGACAGGCCAGUCAAAAGGCUUUGGCUUCAUCCGUUUCUCCAGCUACGAGUCCCAGGUGAGGGCCCUGUCCAAGCGGCAUCUCAUCGAUGGCCGCUGGUGUGACGUCAAGAUCCCAAACUCCAAAGUGAGUGCUCAAGACGGCCAGGCAUCAGAGCUUAGCCGCAAGGUGUUCGUGGGCCGCUGCACUGAGGACCUGAGCUCGGAUGACCUACGUGACUACUUCUCCAAGUUCGGCGAGGUGACGGAUGUGUUUAUCCCCAAGCCAUUCCGUGCGUUCGCUUUUGUCACCUUCGUCGACCCAGACGUGGCACAAUCACUGUGCGGCGAGGACCACAUCAUUCGCGGCACCAGCAUUCACGUCAGCAACGCGGUGCCGAAGAGCGAGGCGGCACCUUCGUCGCACCACCACGCUCUGGGGCCGCUCGCAGGUGGCGGCGGCGGGGCAGGUGGGGGCGCCGGGGGAAGGGGCCCGGGCACUGGCCCCGCCCACAGGGGCGGGCCUCUCGACGUGGGCCGGCCCGCCGGUCAGGGUGCAGCAUACGCGACACCAGGGCCCUUUCCGGGCGCGCACCACUUGGCACCCCACGGUGGCUGGGGCCAUCAGGCAGCCGGGGGAGCACAUCGUGGCGCUGACCUGCCAAACCUCCUUGGCGGCAGCCUGGGCAUGGGGCCCCUUGGGGCCGCACAGGCGCAGGCCACGCAACCACAGGGUGUGAACACCACCCCUCCCACACUGGGCAUGGGUGCGCUCAACCUGGGCGCUGCGACGUUGCCUCUCAGCUCUGCCGUAGUGGCAGCCCUAGGGCAGGCGGCAGGCUUUGGGCUCUUCGGGGGGUCGUUCCAGGGGGGCGCAGGAGACCAGGGUCCUGGGGGGCCCCCACCGCCUAACUCGGGUGCCGGCGGGUCGGGCUCCUUCUUGGGCUGGAUGGGACAAGGAGGAGCCGGGCAGGCGGGCGGCUCCGGUGAUGCCGGGGCGGGCCAAGGUGGACCCUGGCCCCAGCGCGAGGGCAAGCAGGGCUUCGGCAUGUCCGUCUCCCCCUGAGCAGCUGCGCUCACUGGGGGACCGUUUGGUCUGCCCGCUCUCUGGUGGCACUGGUGCACUCUGGGGGCCGCAUUGGUCCCCCGUCAGCCACUUGGCAAGUUUGUAUUUGUCUCGCGAUUGGCCCAAGGCACGAGAGGGGCACGUGGUGAAUAGUAGAGGGUAAAAGAUGCCACCACUGCCUCUUAUGCCUCUGGGUGCCACGUGAGUAUGUCUGCACAAUUGGUACGAUCAAAGUGAAAUGCGCGUUGUCUCGGCUAAUGCAUUUGACUGCUGUUUUCCCAUGGCCGCCCGAGUGCACUGGUGCGGCCACCCCGGGGAGGUUGUAACAGGGAGAGUCCUUAUCGUGCACUGGCUUGUACUGGCGGGGGGAAUCUGCUGCUGCAGUGGGGGGUGGCGUUGGAGGUGCGGGUCGGGAGGAGGGAGGUGGCGCGGCCGCCAGCAGCUCCGUCCGGGUGUCGUGUGGUAUGUCUGGCCUGUGCGUGUGGGUGUGUCUGGUGGUUUGCGUGGGCCUCUGCCGGCCUCCCUCCUCCUUCUGGGCAGAUGCAUUACAAGUGUGUGGGGCCUGCGAGGACAAAAGCUCGUGCGAAUGUCACGUGUAUUUAAGGCGUGCAUGGUGCGUGUCUGGAGGAGUCUGUCUCUUGCCACUGCUCUCUCUCUCUCUUCUCUCUCUAUUUUUCCCUUUCCUCCUGCUGUACAUAAACCUGUAUCAUUUCUAGAGCAAGUUGUUCUGUGCAUAUAUGCAUGCGUGAGGUGGGAUGCUUAAGAUGCGCUCCCAUUCUUUCUUGUAGUCGAAAAAAGGUAAAGGCCAUCUGACUGCUCAUGGUAUCUGAGGCCCGGCAUCGAUAGGCCGUUCUUUUACAUUUUGCAGCUUUCUUGUCCUUUGGACGAGUGUCAUGCUAGGUAACCUUAAACUGAAAAGUUGGAGGCCAAACUUUUUUUACAGUGCAUUUGUGUGCAGGUAACCACAAAUGAAGAGCUGGGACACACCUGUCCUUACUGUGCAUUUGAGUGGGUGCUGGGGGCCACAAGAAAUUCUCGGUGUACGUAGCCACAGGCACCAUGAGCAUUCAUGCCUCCUGCUUGCCUUGACUGGUGCACAGGAAACAAUCGCUGCAUUGCAUUUUGCAAGUCAAUUGGCACGCUCACGCUGAAUAAUCUAGAUGCCACUGCUGAUGCCCCAAAUGAUUGUGACAGCCCUGGGUAGUGUGAUUGCAGAUUGGUGCGCAGAGAACACCUAGCUUUGCGCAACUGUGCGAGUGCAUUUGCAGAGCACUUUUCGAGUACGAGUGCUCCCUCGAGUGCGAAGAAGCAGUGACGAGGAGCUGUCAUCGGCGCAGAUGUGGCUCCUCUGAUUGUGGGUACCUGUCAGUUUAGGCAACAGCUGCGAUAUCGAUGCAUUGUGUGAUGAGCCGACUUUUCUUCUGGUGGCUCUGCUUAUCUGGGCUUUCUCUUGCUCCGUAUGCCUGUCCAGGAUACAAGGCGAGAGUUUAUACACGUGCGACAACUUGCUGUGUGCUGAAUAGCUAGCUGGCUUUGCUUAGAUAGGUUUGUAAGAAAUUCACUUUCGUUUGUUGCUGUCAGCUUGCCUUUCUCUGUGAGCCAGUCGCGCGCUCGUCUUCCUUUUGGUGACAGGAAUGCCUCAGACUAUUGUGGCCAAUAGUACUUUCAGUGUACAUUAUGUAGCAGAGUUUGCUGCAUCAUCAGCUAGGGAUGAUGGGUGCCUGGAACAGUGUCAGUCAGCCUGGCAUUCUGUGGCUCACUGCACAUCUGUGUGUCAAGCCUCUGCUUGCUUCAGCAACCAGAGCUUCCUUUGGAUUGUUUGAGAACGCCACUGUCAUUUUGACCUUCACGCACAUGCGCGCGACCGCACUGCUUUCACUACUGGCUUGUACUUUUGACGCAAGAUCUAGCGCUACCGAUUCCAUCACGUCUUGUGCACUGACUGGAGGGGGGAAAAAUCCACAGUUGCCACUGCACUUUAGGCAUGCAUUCUUCCGGUUACUUUUGUUGUGGGCAGAGAGGAGGCGAUGAGGUACUUCGAGUACUUUGUGUCUGGUUGCAUGCUUUCAGUACUGGUGAAAGGCAGGCACACUUCAUUGUAAAUCCAUCUGCACAUCUCUGUGGCACGUGGAAUGCAGAGUGGUCAUUACCCAGCGCUUUUGUUCGUAUCGUGGCCUCCUGGUCUGGCUGGCCACAUCUGCAUGGAAAUGAAUGCCUUUCGCUUUGCAGGGCAGUAGUAGUAGCGGCAGGGCACGUGGGCGUGUGCAACUGUGUGCGGUAGUUUGGGCUUUGUAGGCGAUUUGCAAGAGUGGGUUCCUUUCUACAGCCAGCGUUUUUCUCCUAGCUGCAUUGCACAAUCUUUGGCUGCAGCAAGCGACAAGGCGCUGCUGUGAGCAAAGGGGUUGAGUCUCUCUUGCGAUUGUUGCAGCUUCGUAGCGGUGUUGUGCUUGCUGUAUAUAUUGCUUGAGCCUCGCAAGUGUGUUCAAAAAGGAAAGAAGAAUUUGGUAGCUUUGCAGUGAGCUGACAUUGAGGGAAAGAGGGCUUCACUCGAAGGAAACACUUUUGCGGGUUCGUGCUCCCUGCUAUAUGCUGUCAUUUAUUACUAUUGCACGGUCUCCUCUGUGACAAAGUACCUGUACACAUUUGCAGCGAUUCCGCUGCCCAGAUAUUUUCAUGUUUGCUCUCACUUCUUUGGUGCCUGGAAAUUGUGCCACCUUAUAAGUUUUCUGUUCCUUCGUUGAGGAAGCUUACAUCAGCUGUCUCCGGUAGAUUUCCUGACGUUUCAAAAGAAAGGAAACAAAAAUAACUUGAGUGCCAGGUGCUCUUAUUAAACGCAGUUGUGACAAACCUUUCACCCCCACCCCCCUCAUGGCUAUAAACAGUGUGUCCACAGAGAGGCCAAAGUUAGCCGCUUUAUGCCGUUAGCUCUUCCGCUUCCUAGGACUAGAGGAUCGCUUGGGAGAAGCCAAAUUUCUCGGAUUGUGUAAUUAAUCAUUGAUUUCGAUUACAGUAUUCCAUUUCACAGUUCUCAAGAGCAUCCAUAAACCUUUAGGUCAUAGGAAUUUGGUGGCUGAGUUGCUCAAGGCCUUGCGUCUUGCACGAUUCCACUCUCUAGACCUCAAGGUGAAAGUGCAAAGGGCAACUUUUCAGAAGUCGGCCUCCGCCAAAUGAUGUCUUGCCUGAAAGUUUCGCCUCGUUCGUGUCACACAUUGCGAUACAACACUCUUUGGCAUUGACCAGUACAGUGAUGACAUCUCAUCUCACAAGCAAUGGUUCUGCCAUUCCCGAGACUCUGUGUGUGUUGCGACCAGUUGAUUGGAUGCGUGGCGAGUGCAGUCGUGCUGCUAAAUGAACCCCGGAGUUCCCACCUCGGGCUGUGGCUUUUGAGUAGGAUGCGACACUCUCUCCUCGAAAUCGCUGCAUGUGGCGUGUGUGUACAUAGCGGGUGCAUCUGUGCAGUCCAUACUAUCCAUUGGAGUAGCAGGAGCUAGCCUAGCUGCGCAUAAGAGAAAACCUGCUGCUGCUGCUUCUGCCACCGACACCACCAUCUGCCAUUGUCUUGAUGAAAGGAGGAAGGUGCGGCUACCGGUUCUGCCUAUGCCAGCUGCUUUCUGCAUAGAUGUCAACCAGUGAACCUGUGGCGAGGUAAAAAAAAAUAUGAAAAAGAAAGUUCCGGCUGGUUGUGAAACAGUGCAAGACAUACACUAGCACAGCUUGGACCAGAGGGCAUGGACUUGCAGGCAUCAACAUUGGCCAGUUUGUCUGCGCAAACACAAUCCCAUUUUCGCAGCACUUGUUGGAGACCUCGUGUUCUUUCUCCUGCAUUGUCCUGACCCGUACUAGACACAAUUACUUGGGCAGUAGUUGGCCAAUGGAUGCCUUGGACCGCAAUGGCUGCGUCAUCUGUCAUGGAUGCAGAUGCUGCCCAGAGCUGAAGCUCGGGCCUCGGUGGCCAAGGCAGACUGCAGCACUUUGCGCACACCUCUCUCGGUGCAGCUGGCACGGCUCAGCUGGUAGUCCUCCCUACGCAUGGGCUCUGUACGCGAGGGUGCGAAAAUGCCUCAAUUGGUCAUUGUCAGUUAGCUCUGUUUUUAGUGGGGUUUGAUGUUUGAUGUGGUUUGCCUCCUUGAUUGCUUGCUUCUGUUAUAUACAUAUUUUUUUUAAUGAGUGGUGCACCCAUUUGUGGAUGUGUACAUAGCAAGACGAUUGUAACUUUCUCUUUUGUCAUCCUCACUUUUUUUUUAACUUGCGGUGUGCAUGAUGAUACCCAUUGUCUGGAAAACAAACUGUCACACACUCACAGAAAUGACUUGUCACCUUUAACAGAGUGAAUUGCCAGGCAGAAGGACAGUAUGUGCUGUGCAGAUGAGGAUAAAAUUAUGAAUUUAUUGUGGCAACGCUGUUUAUAUUGUUGUAGACUUCCUUCUUGGGUUCUGCUUGUAACUUCUUUUUAAAAGGGUGUGUGCGUGUGGUUUUGAAUAACACUUUUGUGUGAGCUGUGACGCUUUUAGCACGAAAUGACUUGUGGCAAGUUUCACAUUGUGCAGGCGGGUGUUGCAGGCUGGUAAUUUCCCAAGGUUUCCAUUUAGCUGAUGUAAAUUUUGGACAUAGGAAGUGAGAUUGGUGUGUAGAUAUGCUUACGAAAUGAUGAUUGAAUGUGAGAGGAGCAAAAUGAAAUGUAUGAGUGUCAAAGAAAACUUGUUGACCAUCUUUGGAACAACUUUUUCCAAUGCCUUGUGGCUGAUGUGAUGAUGUGUUUUGAUGGUCAUAGUCCAGAGGGGAAUAACUGUAAAUGCUUUGUUUGUUGAGUGCACGUGGUUUUUGGAACGAGAGUGCGAGUGCCCAACGUACCUAGUCCUAAAACCAGACUCUGGACAGUGUGUCAUUUGUAUUACUUGAAAGUGCAAAUCUGGCUGCCUUGCUGUGUGAUGCGAGCCUGGGAAAUUACCAGCCACAUUGGUCAGAACUACGUCUUCCUUUUUUUCUUCAUUGGCAGGGGGUGCUGCCGCCUUAUCGUUUGGCUCUCGUUGACAGUGUACAUGUGUGGCUCUGCUGUAAGAGGUAGCACACCUGCUAGCAUGCAUGACAAGAAGUGCUGUUGGAACAACCAGGCUCUGUAGUGGACAUUGGCGAUAUCGCAGCACGACAGAUGCUGCCGGGCUUUCUGCCAAUGGAUAGCACGCUGGCAUAACCGACAAAGGGUAGAUUCAUGUUUGACGGCGCUCUUUCGCAAGAGCCGAAGCACCUGCACGUUGAGGUUAUUUGUGCCUGUUUCUGUUCCUUCAGCACCUUCGAUGAGCGACGUAGACUUCUGACCGAUGCUCCGGCACCUAAGCUUGAGGAACUCUUGCCUUCGCAUUGCGCAUACUUGCCAAAAAGCGUGUGGAACAACAAGAGCAGCAGCGAGCAGCCUGUUUCUCUUUGUAGUAAGAAGAGAGUGCGUGCAUUUUUUCUCUCCCUUUUUCUUGCUCUGUGGUCUUGGUGUAAAGUGAGCGUGCACAACAAAGAUGUGUAUUACCUUUAGUUGGUCAUUGCUGUGGGUGGAGUGCGUGUGUGAUGCAUGUUGUGUAUGAUGUGUGUGUUGCGGCAAACAGGAAACGAAUAAAAGCCGUUUCUAUAUCGGA